AUGGCAUUUGAAUUACCUUCCAUUCCAAGCCAUGGCUCCACUAGCACAGUUCUAUUUGUUAUUGCUGUCUCCAUCUUGUUAGUGUUAUUUGGUUCACUUUGUUAUUGCUUGGUAGCUCGCAGGUCCAAGGGAACAUAUCACAAUGACAAGCCAUCAAAUAGCUCUGUUACUUGUAGAGUGUUCACAUUCCAAGAGGUCCAAGAAGCAACCAACAACUUUCAAGAGGAUUUUCUUCUUGGCAUUGGUGGGUUUGGGAAUGUCUACAAGGGAAAACUUGAAAAUGGGACAAAAGUAGCAGUUAAAAGAGCCACCCCUCUAUCAACACAAGGCUUAUCCGAAUUCCAAAACGAGAUUCAAUUGUUAUCCAAACUCCAACACCCUCACAUCGUGUCUCUUGUUGGCUAUUGCCAUGAAGGGGAGGAAAUGAUUCUUGUGUAUGAAUACAUGGCCAAUGGACCCUUAAGCAAAUGGUUCUAUGAACAAUGUGAGUCACCACUCUCUUGGAAGCAACGACUUGAAAUUUGCAUUGGGGCUGCUAAAGGGCUUCACUAUCUCCACACUAGUUCAGUUGAAGGCAUAAUCCAUAGAGAUGUGAAAACUGCCAACAUUCUCCUGGACGAGAAUUUUGUGGCCAAAGUAGCAGAUUUUGGUAUAUCAAAGAAAGGGUCUUCUCUUGAUGAGAGCCUUGUGGUCACUAGUGUGAAGGGCACUUUUGGUUACAUAGAUCCUGAGUACUUCAGAACAAGCCAUCUAACUGAGAAAUCAGAUGUGUACUCAUUUGGGGUGGUUCUAAUAGAAGUAAUCUCUGGUAGGCCUGCUUUAGACCAUGGUCUUCCCACAGAGAAAAUUAAUGUAGCAACAUGGGCAAUGAAUUCUGAAGUAAAGGGUCAGUUACAUCAGAUCAUGGACCCAAAUAUAGUUGGCAAAGCGAGAGUUUCUUCUCUUAACAAGGUUUGGGAGGUGGCUAAAAGGUGCCUGGCUGAGAAUAGGAUCAAUAGACCACCAAUUGGUUUUGUCUUGUGUUGUUUGGAAGAUGCUUUGCACCUUGAACUCAGCAACAUAGCUGACGAGGAAAAUUCAUUUUUAAAUUGUGAAAUGUCAGAAGUGAAAGUGAGCUAGUUGCCGUGUUACCAAGUAGUCUUUGAAUCACCAUCAGGUCAGCAAGUAAUGACCAAAUCAAUGUUUCGGUACACUAAGGUUAAACAGAACUUGGUUUAGAGUUCUCCUA